AUGAAUGUGAUGAGAAUUAUUAAUGAACCUACGGCAGCAGCUAUUGCAUAUGGACUUGAUAAAAAAAGUUCAGGAGAGAAGAAAGUAUUGAUAUUUGAUCUUGGAGGAGGAACAUUUGAUGUAUCAGUUCUUGCAAUUGAAGAAGGAGUGUUUGAAGUUAAAGCAACUAAUGGAGAUACACAUCUUGGAGGAGAAGAUUUUGAUAAUCGACUUGUUAAAUAUUUUAUUGGUGAAAUUGAAAGAAAAUAUAAGAAAGAUAUUAGUGGGAAUGCACGAGCUGUUAGAAGAUUAAGAACGGCAUGUGAAAGAGCAAAAAGAACAUUAUCAAGUGCAAGUGUUGCUAAUAUUGAAGUUGAUCAAUUAUAUGAAGGAAUUGAUUUUUAUACAUCUAUUACACGAGCUAGAUUUGAAGAAAUCAACAUUGAUUUAUUUAAAUCAACUAUUGGACCAGAGGAAGUACAAGAAUUCCAAAAGUCGUUGAGAUAUUAA